GUCGUCAUCCAUGUGAGCGAUCUAAAACGGCGCAAGUCCCCCGCGUCCCCCUCCCACGCCCCACCUCAUCACCCUCACAACACCACGAUGACCACCAAGACCGACCCAACGCUCAAGUCCGUCUCGGGGCACUGGUUCACCGCGUUCCCGAUCCCGGAGGUCGCCGCCGUCCCACAAACCUACCAGUUCACCGACCGUACGCUCUCAGCGCAAGUAUUCACGCACCCGUCCUUCGCCAACGGCACUGGCCCGCACAACGCGAUCCUGAGCUUCGAGGGCGCAACGCUCAUCACCACGCUCGCCACGCUCAACCUAACCGUGCUCUUCCCCGCCACGCCCGUCUCAACCCUAUCCGACCUCCGCCUAGCCAUAACCUCUCGCGCACUACACGCACACCUCUCGCGGGCGCUCUCCCUCCCCUCCCACCUCCGCGCCGCCUCGGCCGACACCGCCAGCACCGAGCGCGCGCAGUCCGAGCUGUUCGAGGCGUAUAUUGCGGGGGUGUUCCGGGAGCUGACGGCGGCGCGGUUCGACGAGCUGCGCGCCUACCACCUGCAGCUGCUGCAGCCGUACAUUGUCGCGUACCACGCGCUGCACCGCUCUGCCGCGCACCACCCCGUCAUCCGCGAGAAGCAGCGGAAGCAGGAGAUGGCGACGUACACCGUGCGGCUGAUGGAGUACGCGGCCAAGAACCGGCUCGAGCCGCCCGUGUUCGAGUUCACCUCGAAUGGCGCACAGGGCCCGCUGGUCCAGUGGGGCUGCCAGGUCAUCCUCGGCGGAGUGCAUGUGGCCAAGGCUGUCGCGGGGAGUAAGAGCAAUGCGAAACAUCUGGCGAGCGCGGAGGCGUUUAAGGCCCUGCCCGUCCUGGUGGGCGAGAAGGAUCCGCCACAUACCACGACGGAGAGGAGGAAGAAGAAGGAGUUCUAUAGGGCUGCUGCAAAGACCCGUGCCACUCCCGCACUGUUUGGACAGCCUGGCUGGGCGCCCUCCAACGCUGCGCAUAUGGCUACCGCGCCAAGUUGGGGAUCGUAGGGGAAGUGGGUGGGGUUGUGGGGCGAGAGCAGCUCGUCCCCC